CUGGCAGCACUGCUGGGCUGCACUGGUGGGUGGCACUGGUGGGCAGCACUGGUGGGUGGGCACAGGUGGGUGGCACUGGUGGGCACAGGUGGGUGGCACUGGUGGGCACAGGUGGGUGGGCACAGGCAGGUGGCACUACUGGGCACAGGUAGGUGGCAUUUCUGGGCACAGGUAGGUGGCACUGCAGAGUGGCACAGGUGGGCGGAGCUAGUGGGCGCACUGCUGGGCACAGGUGGGCGGAACUUGCGGGUGGCACUGCUG